AACUUGUAGCUAACGAGUGGCUGUAAAUAUAAUUACCAUGGACAGCUCGUCUGUUCCGCGCUAGCCCACAAUGUAAUCUAUCCUGUCGCGAAAUUUAGUUGACUUGUGACUCAUCGGCGUAGGUCGGACUGCACAGGAGGAGCAGCCCUCCGGUUACAUCAGAGACCUACAGCUGAGAAGUCGGUGCUGUUAAGUGGGAGCCUCUUUACGGUUUUGACGCGCCCGUAUGCCCGCGCCUUCGCCGGUGUCAACAUCCUAAAGAGACGGACGGACUGGAGAGAGGAGAGGGAGGCACCAGCUCCGGGUUGCGCGACACUCGGCCGAGAGGAGGCAUCGCUGAAAUGAGAUGAGGCUCAGAAAUGGAACUGUGGCCACUGCACUCAUUUUCUUCACGUCUUUCCUCAGCCUCUCCUGGUACACAGCGUGGCAGAAUGGCAAAGACAAGCUGAUAGCUUACCAGCGGGAGUUCCAUGCUUUGAAAGAACGCCUUCGUGUGGCAGAACACCGGACGCUGCAGCGCUCGUCUGAGCUCAACAACAUCCUCGAGCAAUUCCGACGAGCCAUUACCGAAACCAACAGCAGCAAAGAUGCAUUUACAAACUUCUCAGAUGAAACACAGAAACUUCUGAAGGAGCUCACAAACAGGAAACCCCUCCAGGUGCCAAACAUCUACCACCACCUGCCUCACCUGCUGAACAAUGAGGGCAGCCUGCAUCCUGCAGUGCAGGUUGGUCUUGGACGUACAGGAGUUACCAUGGUGAUGGGGAUCCCCACAGUGAAGCGGAAGGUGAAGUCCUAUCUGUCAGAGACGCUGCGUUCGCUAAUAGACAAGCUCUCACCAGAGGAAAAACUUGACUGUGUCAUCAUUGUGUUUGUUGGGGAGACUGACCUGGACUAUGUUCACAGUGUGGUUGCGGACCUGGAGAAAGGGUUUUCCACUGAGUUGAACUCCGGAUUGUUGGAGGUAAUCUCUCCACCUGCUGCUUUUUACCCUGAUCUAACCAACCUCAAAGAGACUUUUGGAGACUCCAAAGAAAGAGUCAGAUGGCGAACGAAGCAGAAUCUGGAUUAUUCCUUUCUCAUGAUGUACGCUGUGAGCAAGGGGGUUUAUUACGUCCAGCUGGAGGAUGACAUUGUGGCCAAACCCAACUACUUUGCCACCAUGAAGAACUUUGCCCUGCAGCUCUCAUCAGAAGACUGGAUGAUCCUGGAGUUUUCACAGCUUGGCUUCAUUGGAAAAAUGUUUCAGGCUCCCGACCUAAACCUCAUUGUUGAGUUUAUUUUCAUGUUCUACAAAGAGAAGCCUAUUGACUGGCUGCUGGAUCAUAUUCUGUGGGUCAAAGUCUGCAACCCUGAGAAAGACGCGAAACACUGCGAGCGUCAGAAAUCCAGCCUCCGUGUGCGGUUCAGACCCUCGCUGUUUCAACAUGUCGGACUCCAUUCUUCUCUUGCUGGAAAGAUUCAGAAACUCACCGACAAGGACUUCCUGAAGCCGCUGCUACAUAAGAUACAUGUCAACCCCCCAGCAGAGGUCUCCACUUCGAUGAAGGUGUAUCAGGGUCACACGCUGGAGAAGACGUACCUCGGUGAAGAUUUCUUCUGGGCCAUCACACCCACUGCUGGAGACUACAUCCUCUUUAAAUUCGACAGACCUGUGAGCAUAGACAGGUUCUUGUUCCGCAGCGGUAACCAGGAGCACCCAGGAGACAGGAUCGAGAACACCACAGUGGAAAUACUGCCCGUCUCGGAAAAAGGACUGCAGAACAAAGACGGCUACAAGCGAACCGAAGAUCGCUUUUACAGGAUUGGUCAUUUUGAAAAAGGUGUGGCAGAAGGAGCUGUCGAUCCGUCCUUCAACCCCGUCUUGGCGCUUCGUCUUUCAGUGCUCAAAAACUCUGCUGUAUGGGCCAUCCUCAGUGAAAUACAUAUAAAGAGAAUAUCUGGCUGACUUCUCUGGAGGAGACCCAUGAAUCGGGGCCCCUGGGGGGCCACAAUCUGUGACUGCUUAAGCAGGGUCUCUGGAACCUGGCAACCAGCGGUGAAGCUAUUAGAGCUGAGAGUUGCUCGUCCUAGCUUGUCCCUCUCUGUCCACUUUUUUUCCUGAUGUUCUUUAUCUUGUCAUUAUUUAGUUUCUCUUUCUUUUCCCAUCACUUCCUUCUCGUUAUGCAUUUCUUCUGUUUGUGAGAAUGUUAUUAGAACUGUGCUAACAGUUGAGGAUGUGAGGACAACUGUUCAAAGCUCUGUGCUGUUCAGCAGCUUAGAAAACUAUCAGAAGAUUCCUGGAGGAAGAGGCUGGAGAGAACCAGCCACCUGGCUGAUGAUGUAGUUGCUGCCAAAUCCCUCUCCUUUGACUCAAUGCUGCCACGCUCGGGUAAGCUGGGGCAUUGCACUGUCCCUGGCGCCUCAGCAAACCCGGAGAUGAUCGAAAAUGUUGUCGUCACUAAUGGCCAGUUGUUGUCUGUUCUCAGCAGAAAUGGUGGAGAUCCAAACAUGUUUUUGUAGAUCAACAACGACCCGAGCAAAUAUAUGUUUUCCUCACUUUCAGUCAAGUACUCUACUGGUCCUGAAACAAAAAUUCAUCCCGACAUGUGACCUGAAAACAGUUGAGUCGUAACUACAACCUAGAAAAUUUGUAUCGUGACAUCAGAGCUGUUUCCUCUUGUCAGACGGGCCUCAGAGUCUAUUUAUAGUCAAUCAAUCAGAGAUCGCCU